UUUUGAAUUAUUCCUACGAUUAUAAAUUCUUAUGGAAUGUUUGAUUUUUAUCAAAUAUCAGUUGAUUAUUGAGUUUAUUGAUAUAAAUAUUAUAUUUUGUAAAAAAGAGGAAAAAACAAUGGAAGGAAAACAACCACCAUUUUCUGUAGAUAAAUGAAAUUUAUAAGGAAGAUUUGAAUCGCGACAGUGUGUGAACAGCACGUCGCACAAUGGCGAAAAAAAACAGACAAAAAAAAUAUCAAAACAGCAACGGGGGGCACAUCGAAGAUAGUAGUAACGUAAUAUUCGAUCCUAUGUCGGUGACUUGGUUGGAAAAAUACGAUAAAAUAGUUUCUAGAAUAUGGAAUAAAGUACCAACUAGCGUUGGAAAGGUUAUAGCGACAGUUGCUACUUUUUUAGUUGGAAUAUCAAUAAAUGGCGACUGGGUAAAUUUGUUCGUACAUCUUAGGAAACAACUAGGUUAUGCCACUGGUCGAUCUCUAAGCGAGACUUCGAUAAUGUGGAAUAGUAUUUCUAUAGAAAAUCUGAGAUUAACAAACUUUUCCUUUUAUUUUAUUUCGUCUUGCGUUGUUUCUUACACGAUGUAUUUCGGAGUCGGAGGAUUUCUACACUGGUACUAUUACGUACGUCAACGUGACCGACCGUACGAAUGGAAGUGCCAACCGACGAAAUGGUUGAGUCCAGAACUUGAAAGACACGAAAUAAUAUUGGGAACAUUCUCACUAACAUUAAACAUGACUGUAUCAGCCAUUUUAGCAACUUAUAUUGCAAACGGCGGUUACUGCACCGUUUAUUACCAAAUAAGUGACUACGGAUGGUUCUGGUUCUUAUUACAAUUCCCAAUCAUCUAUAUCAUUUUGGAUUACAUAACGUAUUGGAUUCACAGGAUAUAUCAUUUCCCAUGGUUGUACGUCAGAUUUCACAAGCUGCACCAUAAAUAUAAGCAACCAACUGCGUUUUCAGUUACUGCUAUACAUCCAGUGGAAUCCCUUAACAUUCAAUUGUUAUUAAUAACACCGUUAUUUACGAUUCCGGUACAUUGGUUGUCUUACUACACGGUGGUAAUUUACAAUUAUUACCAUGGAAUAAUCGACCAUUCGGGAGUAAAUUUUAAGGCUUAUUGGUGGCAGCCGUGGCAACCAGAUGCCAUUUUCCACGAUAAUCACCAUCAAUAUUGUCACGUCAACUUCGGCUUCAAUUUAUCAAUAUGGGAUAAGUUACAUGGUACGUUUAGAUUGAAAGAUCGCGUCUACAGGGAAGACAUCUUCUUCGGAAACGGUAAAGCGAUCCAAGAAGUUAGCGAGGCGGAACUUUUGGAAGAUAUAAAAGAAAGACAAUCCGAAAACCCUUUGGCCUAUAAAAAUAAUAAAUUGGAUUACGAAUUAUCGCCAGCACAAAUCAAAAGACUCAAAUCUAAAAAAUAACAGCUUAGGAAGUAUUUAAAUCGGAUUUCAAGAGGGUUAACUCGUUGAGAAACACGAGCUAGAAAUCGAUUGUGAAUUUGUUAUUUUAUGAAGAGAAUUAUUUAUGGUAUAGGCAAUUUUAAGUAAAUAUUAUUCAAAAA